AUGAAGUCCGCAAUACUCCUAAUACCUUCCUUCCUACUCCUAACCGCCGUAACCGCAAAACCGCCGCUCUCAUCAGCCACUUCCGCCGUCCCCGUAACCGACGUGGACGGCGCCCCGCUCCUCUCCGGCCUCAACUACUUCAUCCUUCCCUCCGUCUCUGGAAACGGCGGCGGCGUAACCCUAGCCCAAACCAACACCAAAGAACAUUGCCCUCUUUCUGUGGUCCAAGACCGCCACGAGCUCUCCAAGGGCCUCCCCGCGGUGUUCCUUCCGGUCAACACCAAGCUAGGCUACGCCGUCCAAACGGCCACGGACCUCAACAUCGAGUUCACCGCCGAGACGGCCUGCGACGAGGCGGCGGUGUGGAAGCUGGAGGAUUACGACGACGAUGUCGACAAGUGGUUCGUUGGGACCGGCGGGAUCGAAGGGAAGCCCGGUUUGAGGACGGUGGGGAACUGGUUCAAGAUUGCCAAGUUUGGUGGAAGCUACAAGAUUGUGUAUUGCCCUUCCGUGUGCAAAUCUUGUAGAGUGACGUGCAAGGACGUUGGGGUUUUUGAAGAUGAGGAUGGCAAGAAGAGGCUUGCUCUCAGUGACGACGCUAUGAUUGUUAAGUUCGUCAAGGCUAGCUAG